AAAAAACAUGCAGCGUUGAGUUUCUUGUCACCUAGACGGCAACCUGCGAUCAACUUGAAGAUGGCCAUAACAUCUUUCGGCGGAAACUGCAAAUUUGGACUAAUGCUGACCUACUUAGCAAUGUCGUCAUACAUACCUAUAAGUACAUCAGUCAGUCUUGAUUUAAACGAAUUAAGAAACAAACUUUCCAAAAUCAAAGCAAAUCCACGAGGGAAUCUUUGGGCAACCGGACAUUUCAUGGGUAAGAAGAGUUUUUCGGAUAGCCAGGUUGUCGAUUCCCAGCCGACCUAUGAGUCAAAAAUGAAGCAUCUUCAGGCACCGACGGUAGCAGAGCGGAGCACAGACGAGUUGGAGCAAGUGAUCGCACAGAAUGUGCUAAAGGCUCAGCUGACAGAUCCACGGGAGAGGCAAGAUUCAACGAAUCGGGAUAAGGACGUUGUGGUGAAGCUUUUGAAAAUCUACAUUGCUGAAAGGAAACGUUAGACUACCGGGACAUUUGUGAUAAACGCAUCCACAACUUCGUUUUAUAUUUGCCAAAAAAGUGAUGCACAAAGCGUUUGCUCUU